UCCACAAAAUGGCCUGGACCGGAGACAACCUAGUCGACCUUAUCUCAGACAUCCUCGAGGCUCCACGCGAGGUACGCGCCCGUCGUCUUUCUCUCAGCACGCUAUGCCGGCACUCCGGCGACCGAGACCGCUACCCAAUCUUCGACCGAUGGUUCCGAUCCAAGGUUCUGGGUCGCCUCAAAGAUUUUCAUUUCAGCUACCAGUGGGUGAACAACACCGAACCACUUCAGGCUGGCGAGUUGAUGCCGCCGCUGCCGCCAUCCGCGCUGAGCUUUUCCUCCCUCCGUGUCGCUAGCUUUGGGUGCUGCCAUUUCCCUGAGAAUAUCUUAGCCUCGGGUGGCAUCACUUUCCCAUAUCUCAUCGACCUCACUCUCUGCCGGAUCACAAACUCCGAGAACACACUGCAUGCCAUGAUCGCCGCAUCCCCAAAUCUUGUCAACUUGUACCUUCACAGAAACUAUCACUUCCGCCGCGUCCACAUCAGCUCGCAUACUAUUGUAAGGUUCCGCAUGUUCAUUGACCCUGACAGUGAUAUCAUGGAAGAACUCCUCAUUGUCAGCACUCCAAGCCUGGAGGAAGUGAUGCUCUGGGACCAAGGUUAUUGUGGUCCACGAAUCAUACGUGUCCUGGUUGCCCCAAAACUUCACAUGUUGGGUUGUCUGCACAGUGACAUCAUGUCCGCCGUACAGCUUGGGAAGACAAUACUCCAGGCAAUGGUUGACAGUAGUCCAGUGUCAUCGCUGCAUAAUGUAAAGAUCUUGAAGCUCGUUGUCCAUGGUCUUAGGUUAAAUCAUGUCAUUGAUGUGCUCCGAUGCUUUCCCUGCUUACAACAGUUUCACAUAAACGUGAAUUUUUUUAUUUUUUUUUAAGAAAGAGGAUGACCUCCGGCCUCUGCAUCUGAGAGAUGCAUGCGGCCAUUUUAUUGAUUA